GCUCUCCCCUUUAUAUUCCAAGUCAAAUCCAAUCCUAUAUCCUUCCCAAUUCUUCUCCCUCUAAAUUCCCCCACUCUUUCACUAAAAUGUCUACUUCCAAAAAAAAAGUUGUUGUAAACACAGUCUCAGUAAACUUAGGUUGUAGUUGUAGAAGACCAAAACUUUCUUCAAUCUUCAACCCUAAACCAAAAUCAAAACCACCCAAAUACCAAAAAUACCAUAACUAUUCCUACACUAAUUCCUCAACUUCAAGCACUACUACUAGAAACAACUCUUCUCCUUAUGGUCAUUAUUCUAGAAACUCCGCUUUCUCACCUUAUAUGGAUACCACCACUUCCUCUUCUUCUUCCUCUAACCCAUCUUCAUAUAUGGUUCAUGGGUUUAGUCGGGUCGGGCCUAAGUCGGUUGCUGUUCAAAAGGAUUCAAAUGACCCAUAUGUGGAUUUCAGGCAGUCUAUGCUUCAAAUGAUUGUAGAGAAUGAGAUUUGUACUAAGGAUGAUCUUAAGCAACUCUUAAACUGUUUCUUGCAGCUCAAUUGUCCUACUCUUCAUGGGACUAUUAUUCGAGUUUUUACUGAGAUUUGGAAUAGUUUCUUCUUCUCAGGAAGACCUGAGUUUGCCUCCCCUCGAUUUUAUGUUAGGCCUAAAUCUUAUGAUAUUUAGGCGAAUAAAAGUAAGAUUGCGAAUCUCUGAGCUGAUAAACAGACUAAAAAUAGUGUGACUUAGAGUUGUAGUAGUUUGGUUUUACUAGAUUGUAGUAUGAAUCUUUUAAUGUUAGUAAAUUGAAUAAGAUGAAAUGAUUUCAAAUGAGUAUGUAGUAGUGUUUUGUAAGGCAUGAUCGAGUGAUUGUGACUAGCAAUUGUAAAGAUGCUUUAUUAUUUAUGGGCUUUUCUUUUGGUUCCCCAAUUUAUACUCUAUUUGUGAUAUGUGAAUAAUCCAAUUUUAGUUUUUAUUUUU